AUGCCUAACAGCGAGCGCCAGGUCCGUCCACUUACAGCUCUGCCACCUUGUGAUGCGCUAGGGGCAUGGCGCCUUGCUGUGGCACGCUCUGAAGCCGAGUCACGACUCCUGAGUGGGCGGCUCGUUGAGCAAUGUGCAUUGGAGGUCACAGGCAGGAGCCGUUUGCUGCGGGGUACUGGCAGCGACAACAGCAGCAGCGAAAUGGAUAUCAGCGAUAGCGAGUCUGGUGAGGGAGUCAAUAUGGUUCGAAGCAGAGGGGGUGGGAAUGUGCGCCUGUUUCUCUCCAGUGAGAGUCCGGAGUGGUUCACCCCACUGAGUAUCAUAGAGCUGGUGCGCGAGGUGUUCACUCCUGGCAGGAUCGACCUGGACCCAUGCUCGUCCGCGGCUGCUAACACACGUGUUGGGGCGACAGUGUAUUACGAUAUGGAAUCUGAUGGUCUGUUGGAGUGCAACGCGUGGAUGGGCAAUGUGUUUGUCAACCCGCCUUUUGGGGUGCGCGGUGGUGCAAGCUAUCAGAGCCUGUUUUUCCAGAGAUGCGCAACAGAGUACACGGCUGGUCGCAUUCACCAAGCAGUACUGCUGCUGAAAUCCGCUGUGGGUUAUGCAUGGUUUGAUGCCAUACUACAAUGGCCUGUCUGUUUUCUGCGCCAACGUUUGGCGUUUGUGCGUGGGCAAUCUGGGAGUCAACAGCAGGAGGGAGGACCCCUGACAUGGGGAGCGCGGGUAGCCAAUCCACAUGGAAGUGUCGUGGUUUACAUGGGCCCAGACGUGCAACGUUUUGUGUCAGUGUUUGGUUGCAUGGGCGGAAUACCGGGGGCGACUUCAUGGGCCAUGCCCCUCCCAGUGGAGAGCUCGAUGGAUUAA